AUGGCUGGGUCGGCUCGGCGCGUGCCUACGCAUCCCGCGGCGCAGAAGGGCGGCAUUCGCAGGGCGGCCGAGGCGGCGGCCAAGGCCGAGGUGGCCAGCGCCGUCGCGUGGGCCCUGGAGAUCACGCUCCUCGAUGUGACCGCCGAGAACGCGGAUGUCCGCAUCGGGCUCUUUGUGGAGGGCGACAAGGCGUGCGAUGGUUGCGCGAAGUGGGCUUCGAAGGAACUGCCGAACCUGACCUGGGCGCAGAUCGUCAAACACCUCGACGCAGGCGACAUGGACGACCUGUUCGAGAACCACCCCGUGCUGGGCACCGCGACGCCGCAUCUGCACGAGCGCAGCCUUCAGCUGUUCGAGAACAACCACGUGGGGCACGAGAUGUACACGAAAUGUUCGGCUCUCACUGAGGGUGACGUGACCAGGCUAUACGAGAAGAGCCCAAAGACGCUGAAGUUGGUCCCCUAUUUGGUUCCGAACCGCCCGAAGCCGCUGAUCAUAUACCCUGUGAGGUUGCCUGCUGGCAUCAAGGAGGACUACCCAGUACUGAAGAUCUUCCACAAGACCUCGAUUGGAUACGCUGCAGGCGCAUUCAAGGCUCAAGCAGCUGAGCUGUUCCAGAAGCACGGGCAGGUCAUGUUCGCGGGGACCGUUAAGUCGAAGGAUGACGAGGACGCGAAGGACGACCCCUCGAACACCUUCAACAGGGGCGUCUACGCGUCCAUCCCGAGCCACAGUGACAUCACCAAGCGCAAGGAGAAGGCGGUUGAGAAGGCGCGGAGGGGUUCGAAGCUGCCUCGCGCAGACCAGCCUGACGGGGACUCCAGCGAGCAGUCCGAUCUCGCCGAUGAGUUAGCAGCUGCAGCGUCCACCGUGGCUGGAGGGGCGGGAGAUCCAGCCGCCUCAUCGCUCGGGCCUGGCCCCUCUCUCACGAUCGAAAGGCUCCUCCAGCACGGCAACGCGGGAACUGGCGAGAACCUGGGCCCAGAGGCGCGGCGCCCGAGCGGAAGUGAGGUCGGUGCGCUGCUCAACAGAAGCAGCCCGUGCGACAAGAGGAAGGCGGGAGGUCCUUCGCCAGGGUCGGUCAAAAGCAUGAGGACAACGUUUUCCAUGGCGUGUGAUGAUAUCAGUGCGAACCCCAACUCCCUCGGCACCAAGGAGUACUGGAUACACGAGUUGGCCUAUUCACGCGGGUUCAAUGGCUACAAAUCUGGCAGGGCUGAGCAUCAGGCGAAGCAGUUGUUGGCGAAGUUGACGGGUACCGAGAAGAAGACCCUCCAGACGCAUAUCGACCUAUUCAACAAGUCGAAGCUGUUCUCCGAUGAGGCCUCUGCGAACGUCGACGACCAGGAGCUGAUCGACGCGUGGUCCGACCUCCAGAAGGCCGGGGCCGUGCUGACCCCGAAAGCCCUCAGGGGCCUCGCAAAGCGCAACGUGAUGAGCCUGUGGCACCAGGUCAACAAUCAGGAUGGCAGCGGUGCCGCCCUGCGCAAGCGAGACCUCCUGAGGAAGUUCCUGACUGCGUGCGUGGUCUGGGGAUUCGACGAUUCUGUGGUCAAAAAGGUUGAUGACCCAACAAAGGUGACGCUGGUGCAGGGUUGCUCGCACGACAUCGAGGUCGCCUCUACGUUCAUCGAGUGGGUAUUCUCCGACACGUUCUCAAACUGGCUGGCCGCAGGUGCCGCGUCCGCUGAGGACGCCGUCUUGUUCUGCGAACUUGCUGACGAAGUGUUCAGCGCCUUGCCAGAGGACGCGAACCUUGGGGAGGCGGCUGCCAGAUGCUUCUUGGAGGCAACUACUGUCGUUCGCUUGCUGGUCGCACUGCGCUUGAAGUCCAUCACUAAAGAUACGGACCUGUCGAUCUUCGCCGAUGCCCACAUCCUCGACACGGAGGCGAGGAGGACGAACGGUAGCGCUUCGGUGAUGCAGGUCAUUGGCCAGUCCUUACUCACGUCAGCGGGCGGGUAUUGGGAGGCAAAGCUGAAGUGGGCUAUCGACACCUCGGACGCGAUCAAGAUUCACGGGCCGAAGCUGAAGCAGAUGUUGAUUGACCUGGAUGGCAUCAACGGCGUUACUCCCCCGAAAGAGGAACACGCAACCACCAUGCUCAAAAUCGCGAAGGACAUCCCUUACUUCGAGGUCGACCUCUACGAGGGCGUAUGCGAUGCCGCUAAGAACGAGCUGUGGGCCAAGGCCUGCAGGAUGGUAGAAUCAAUAGUGGCCAAACCGUCCGCGGCCGCCACCGAUGACGACAGCCUUCGCGGUAUGGCGCUCCAGCAGUGGAAACUUCUGUUCAAGGAGCUCACCAAGCUCUUCCCGACUAACGAGCACGUCGAGCGCGCUGGCCGCGACCUCGCCGCGAAGAUUGCAGAUGUGAGCGAGCAUGACAGAUUCAUUCAGCUCGGGUCGUCCAUCGUUUUUUCUGUUUUCUUUUUAGGGUCGUCCAUCGACAAUUGGACUCCUGCCGACGAAAGCUCACUGGUUUCCUUAAUGACGUCGGUCAAGGACAACCAGUGCAAGGAGUUCCCCGAAGAUGUCAAAGUUCAAUGCCUUGCACUGUUCAAAAGGAUUGUCGGUAGUGUAUUCACGGAUGGGCAGACUUCGCUGUACACGGAGACCGAUAGCCGCGUCUUCCAGUGUUUGGAUAUGGUCGCAGAGAGAGUUCCGAGUCAGGAUUGGCAUUCCUCAACGCAACUCGGCGCGAUGAUCCACUCCUGCUGGUCGGUGCUGCAGCUGAAAAACGCCAUCGUCGCGGAGCUUGGCGAGGACGCCGACCUGGCUAGCGAUGUCGCCGAGCAGAGGGGCAAUGACCUCUUCCGCUUGAUCAGUAAAGCGAAGGUGCACUUCAAGCCGCUGGCGCUGGACGCCGUCGUGGAGAACGCUUCGCCCAACUUGGCGACGCUGCUGCAGGAAUGCGGCGACUUCUGCGGCAGCAUCGGGGAGGCCAUCCGCAAAAAGCACACCACGGUUGUUGUCGACCAGGGCUUCAGCUUGUGCAAGGCAAUCGACGAGACCAACGGGUACUCGGAUUGGGUGAACAAUAAGUCAAAGGUGGGCAGUCUACCAGAGCUGAUUACGUUAUACGAGAAGGGCAUAAAGGACGCGCCUAUCCACGAGUGGCAGGACAAGAUUACAGUGCUCGAGGACGCCAUCGCGACCUUGCAGCAGAAAUCAAAUAAUUUCGGGCUUGACUACAAAGGCGCUGACGAGAAGGUUGUUGAGACGUCGAAGGCGGCCAAGCAGAUCAAGAGCCUCAUCAUUGAAUGCGAGUUGUGCGCGUCCUUCGCCAACCCGACGCUCGUGGGCAACAAGAUUUCACUGAGGAGCGCGAUGGUGGCAGCGCAGAGCAAGCUUCGCAAGUGGGAGCUCACGCCCGACGACAUCGACCCGAUGCUCGUCACGCGGUAUCGCGACGCACUGCGCAUGAAGUAG